UUAGUCCCUCUGGUCGUGUUUAGAAGAACACUGCUUUGUCUUGGUCGCGCUGUCUCUGUCGGUUUUGUGAAAGCCCAAAUUCAAACCCGGCACCGUUCACUAUAACGAGGUUUCGUUUCCGGCGUGAUCCCGGGGAUUUGUCUCCGGUUCAAAUGAGCACAAGUCAAACGCUUUCUCCUCCUCCUCCUCGGUUCGUGCAGUUGUGAAUUUACCGAAUUGGACACGAUGCAAUCAGGCUCAGGAUAUAAUAUUAAUGACCUCUUUCAAGAGGCUCAAAGCCGGUGGCUGAAGCCGGCCGAAGUGCUAUUCAUAUUGCAGAAUCAUGAGAAGUAUAAGGUCACCCCAGAGCCUCCUCAACAACCUGUUAGUGGGUCUUUGUUUCUUUUUAACAAAAGGAUCCUUCGGUUUUUCCGUAGAGACGGGCACCGUUGGCGUAAGAAGAAGGAUGGGAGAACUGUUGGUGAAGCACAUGAACGGCUUAAGGUUGGAAACGUUGAGACAUUGAAUUGUUAUUAUGCGCAUGGGGAGGACAAUCCGAAUUUUCAGAGGCGCAGCUAUUGGAUGUUGGAUCCGGCAUAUGAGCACAUUGUUCUUGUUCAUUAUAGGGAAAUUAGUGAGGUGAAGCCUGGUACAGGAUCGUUUAUACAAUCACCAGUUUCCUCUUCUUCCCUCAGCCAGAGUCCAAUCUCGAAUACUACACAACAUCCAGGAUCUGUCUCCAUGAUUAGUGAGUUGUAUGAACCUUAUACGAGUCCAGGUUCUGUAGAAGUUAGUUCAGAUCUAGUCAUCAAGAAAAAUGGAAGAGAGAGCGUAGAGAACUUAUAUAGAACAGGGGAGUCAGAUAGUUCAUCUAAGGCUGAUGUUAGUCAAGCUUUGCGGCGACUAGAGGAGCAGUUAAGUUUAAAUGAUGAUAGCUUCAACGAAUUUGUGGAUGAUAAUCCAGAUGGUUCAGAUAUCCCGGAAUACCCUAGUGAUCAGUUUACUGCCUUCCAUGGACAAGACCAUAUUGUUCACGAUCAGUUCUAUAGUGGGCAUUCUCUGAUGCAAGGGAAUGCAGACAAUAGUUCAGAUAUCUUGGAUUACCAUAAUGAUAUCGUCAAUCAGGAUCAGUUUACUCCCUUCCAUGGACCAGAACACAUUGUAAAUGAUCAGUUUUACAGUGGACGUGCUCAGAUGCAAAGUAAUGUAGACCUUAGUGGUAAACAUCAUCAAUUAAUUGGUCAUGAAUUUGCAGAUGGAAACAAAGAAUCAGCAUCUUGGAAGGAGGUUCUGAAUUCAUCUAAGACUUCAUCAGUUGUGGAGCCCCAGGAGACAGGCUUGUAUACAUUGGACAGAAAUGAAAAACUAUCUUCAUCAUUGACUGGUCCAAAUGGGGCGUUUGAAUAUCCUUCUUUGUCGCGUCCUCAAGAAGUUGACAUUUUCAAGUCUCCAUUUUCGUCUGCAAUAGAAACACAUUCAGACUACUUUACAUCAUUUUUUGAGCAAGGACAAAUGGGAAAUCUUGAAUCAGAUAUCAGUUUGACUGUUGCACAGACGCAAAAGUUUACAAUCCGGGAAAUUUCCCCAGAAUGGGGUGAUGCCAACGAACCCACAAAGGUCAUUGUUAUUGGAUCUUUUCUGUGCGAUCCAUCAGAAUCUGCAUGGACUUGUAUGUUUGGCAACGUUGAAGUUCCUGCUCAGAUCAUUCAAGAAGGUGUAAUCCGUUGUGAAGCUCCCCCUCACCUUCCUGGGAAGGUGACACUCUGCAUUACUUUAGGCAAUCGGGAGUCCUGCAGUGAAGUUAGGGAAUUUGAGUAUCGCGAUAAGAGCAGUAGAUCUACUCCAAAUAAUUCACCUCCAAAAGAAUCUAGUAGGAGUGCAGAAGAACUUUUAUUACUCGUCAGAUUUGCUCAAAUUCUCUUGUCUGAUUCAUCAGUGCAGAAAAGAGACACUGUUGAGUCUGAGUUUGUGAGAAAAUCGAAAGCUGACGAUGAUACUUGGGGUAGUAUUAUUGAGGCUCUCUUAGUAGGCAGUGGAAGUUCAUCUAGUACCAUAUAUUGGCUUCUGGAAGAGUUUCUAAAAGACAAGUUGGAGCAAUGGCUUUCCUCCAGAUCCCAGGGACUUGACCAGACAGAUUGUUCCUUAUCCAGGAAAGAGCAAGGCAUGAUACACAUGGUUGCUGGGUUGGGCUUUGAGUGGGCAUUAAACCCAAUACUCGAUCUUGGAGUCAAUAUAAAUUUCCGGGAUAUAAACGGGUGGACUGCACUACAUUGGGCUGCGCGUUUUGGAAGGGAAAAGAUGGUUGCUGUACUGGUUGCUUCUGGUGCUUCAGCUGGAGCAGUGACUGACCCCAAUUCCCAAGAUCCCAUAGGCAAAACUCCGGCAUCUAUUGCAGCUAUCCAUGGGCAUAAGGGACUUGCAGGUUAUCUUUCAGAGGUGGCACUCACUAGCCAUCUGUCAUCCCUUACACUGGAGGAAAGUGAGAUUUCCAGAGGCUGCGCUGAGAUCGAAGCAGAAAAAACAGUAAAUAGCAUCUCGAAGAGUAGCCUGGAGACUAAUGAAGAUCAGGCCCCCCUUAAGAACACCUUAGCUGCAGUCCGAAAUGCAGCACAGGCUGCUGCACGCAUACAAUCUGCUUUUCGGGCACAUUCUUUCAGAAGACGACAGCAGAAAGACGCUGGUGUUACUAUAGACGAUUAUGGUAUCAGUUCAGAUGACAUACUAGGCCUUUCAGCUAUGUCAAAGCUAAACUUUCGUAAUCCACGUGAUUACAAUUCAGCUGCAUUAUCUAUCCAGAAGAAAUACCGAGGCUGGAAAGGCCGCAAGGAUUUCCUGGCGCUCCGCAAGAAAGUUGUCAAGAUACAGGCACAUGUGAGAGGUUAUCAAGUUAGGAAGCACUACAAGGUAAUCUGUUGGGCCGUUGGGAUUCUGGACAAAGUUGUACUAAGGUGGCGGAGAAAAGGAGUUGGUCUGCGUGGUUUUCGGCAUGAGGCAGAAUCCACAGAAUCAAGUGAAGAUGAAGAUAUCCUCAAGGUUUUCCGCAAACAGAAAGUCGAUGGAGCCAUUGACGAGGCUGUCUCGCGGGUGUUGUCCAUGGUCGAGUCCCCAGAGGCCCGUGAGCAAUAUCAGCGCAUGCUGGAGGGGUACCAUCAAGCUAAGGCUGAAUUGGGUGGCACUAGUGGUGAAGCAGGAGCACCAAUUUCCCUCGAGGAUUUCGUUAAUAUGGAAGACAUUGAUAUGUAUCAGUUUCAAUGAAGCAAAACUCCAAGUUUCUAACUCAUGUUUUCUUCGGUUGACCAAAAUUUCUAAUCACUUGGUAGAUGAUGGUUUCUGGAUUUGUACAUAUAAGACCAGUUUAUGUAAAUGAAUGAUGAUUGAUGUGUAAAGGCUUUCCUAUUACUCUGUGAA